AUGGCAGAAUCAAGAGCAAUGCGGACCAGAAGGCAGGAGGAGAACCUGGCUAACGAAAGGGGUCGGAAGAGAAAGGAAACCGGCGCGGAAGGCGAGUUCAAGAAAAACAAAGAAGGAAACACCAACCACUGCUGGCCGCUAGCGAGUUCCUCGGGCGCGGCGCCAGGCAACGCAAUUGGACAGUGGCAAAUUGGAGGUAACUUAGAGGGACGGUUCGCCGUAGCGGGUUGCGGCUUCCUUUGUGUCGGCGUUGCUAACAAGGAUGGCUGGCGCGAGAGUCCUUUUGUAGGUUCGUUCCUCGUCCAUUCCUUUAGUUCUUGCUGGGACAGGAGGGACCCAGUGGGAGCAAACAGACGUGGUCUUGCGCCAGCCUUUUCGCCAUGUAAUUAA